GCCUGGAGUUGCCCACCGCAGGUUUAGUGGAACAAGUGCACGCGUUCAGUUCUCGAGUUUAACAGACGUUAAACGCUGACGCGUGCACGAGGACCCACCGAGAGCUGCUGCGUGCUCGCGCGUAAAAACAAAGGUUUAAUUCUAAAGCAGCCACGGAAAGCUCGUGUCCUGCUGCCAAGACGAACCUUUUAGUUUCUUUUCAGCUUCUUUGUAAUCAGAUGAAUUCAUGUUUCAUAUCGAGCAGGUUAGAUUACGGUAACACGUCACUGGCUCCCAGUCCUGCACAGUCGCCUUUUAAAAUGGUUUCCAUCAACUCAAAGCUCUCAGCGGCUUGUUCUCCGAGUACGCCACCAGAACCCGGACACACCUGUCGGCCACCAGCUGCUGGUCUUUGUGCCCAGAUCAGAUCUCAGAGCUGAGGAUGCUUCUAGUUACUGUGGUGCUGUUCUUGGCACACGCUUCCUGCUGACCUGAGGAAUGGCGUCUCUGUGGAGUCUGAGACCGGCACUGACGUCGCUGAUUCAAGCGUCCCAGCACGCCUCUGCAUGGACCGCCCCCCUCCUGUCCAGGACCAUGGCCACGCUCAACCAGAUGCAUCGCCAAGGGAAGCCCAAAGUCCCUCCCAAAGCCGUUGGAGCCACGUUUGGCCGCCCCCAGCUGAAGGCGGUCAUCCUGAAGACGAUGAUCCGAAAGCCCAAGAAGCCCAACUCCGCCAACAGGAAGUGCGCCCGCGUGCGGCUGUCCAAUGGGAAGGAGGCGGUGGUGUUCAUUCCCGGGGAGGGGCACAACCUGCAGGAGCACAACGUGGUGCUUGUGCAGGGGGGUCGGACACAGGACUUGCCCGGGGUCAAACUCACCGUGGUGCGGGGCAAAUAUGACUGCGCUCACGUGGUGAAGAAGAAGCAGUAGACUGACUGUGGGGGGAGGGGUGCAAGGUGUGUGUGGUGACCUCCUGCCAGCGGCGGCGACGGUCCUGAGCUUCACUCAGCUCCAUGUUUGUGAUGAUCUGCUGUCAGUGUCCAGAAUUAAAGACACUUCCUGUUCAUCCUAAAAAAA